AACGUACGCUGUCGUCUUGCACUCGUGGAAGGCGGCUCAAGGAGCCCUAACUUUAAUAGACGCCACCUCCGCCAGCCGGGCAACCCCCUGACCGAGGCUGCCCAAAACCCUAACUCUGUUCAAAGAAGCAGCUAUAGUCCAGGACUUGAAAACAGCGAGAGAUCAGAUGUCGUACGACGACGUAGAGAUUGAGGACAUGGAAUGGAACGAGGAGCUCCAGGCCUUCACGUAUCCCUGCCCCUGCGGAGACCUCUUCCAGAUCACCAGGGAAGAACUCCGUCUGGGCGAAGAGAUCGCUCGGUGCCCUAGCUGUUCUCUUUACAUCACCGUCAUCUAUAAUACGGAAGAUUUCGCCGAUUCCAAUCGCAAGAAUAAGAAUAUCGAACCUCCCAAGCGACAGCCGGUUGCCGUCGCUUGAAAAUCUCCCGGAGAGGGAAUUUUGAUUCCUUUUCUUUUUUUUCCCUAAGAUUUUUGUCAUUUUCCUAUUGGCCUAUAUAUAUGUAUUGUAGCUUGAUGGAGAGAAUUGGUUUUAUUGUCUGUUGAGUGUAUUUUUAUGGAUAUCAAUUGAAAUAGAAUUAUUUUCGAGUUUGUGAUUUUGGAAGUUUAGCAUGUUCAAUAUUGUGAUCAAGCCCUAUGAUUCUCAAUCUGCUGUACCUUUUUUAACAGGUUUCUUUCUACCCCUUUUUUCGAGCAAUCUACUGCAUUCUAAAAUGCUUGAUAUGAUCUCUACCUGAUUUCGAAUGAGGAAGACCAAUUCUGAUUCUUGAAUCAGGGUACAGAUGCAUUAACUAAGAAGAAGAAACCGAAUCGAUAAUCAUAGUCACAGGUGGGAACUGGGAAUAAAACUACCAUAGCAUCAUCCAACGAAAGAGGAGAGCAAAUUUUUUGAGGCUGUAACAUGCAAUCAAUUCCAUCUAUUCAAAUUCAGAUUGAACCCAUUUUUUGAGGUGGGAACUGGGAAUGAAACCACCAUAAUUGAACGAGUUUAAAUGGUCCAUGAAGGAGUCCAAAACUGACCUCUUGGACCCAACACCCACCCCACUCCUGGACCCAACACCUAGCCAACUGAACUGACCAUCAAAGGGACAUUCGAACCGGACGGCUGCUUCAUCAUUUUUAUCUCCCUAUCUAGCCGAGAACAAACGGUAACGGAGAAAAAAGAAUUGCUCGAAGACUGUUUCCGAGUCCAAGAAGAUGAUUCUGUGUACACGGUCCAAGUAAUGAACUUCACUGCAAAUCCUCAGAAGUUGCUGCCAGAGGUUCUGAAUAGCAGCUAAUCAAGUACUCAGUUUUCAGGCUCAUCUUCCAUCUGUCUAGCUGCAAAAUGGUUCCUUUGCUUUGAAUAUCUUGAUUUGUAGGCUAUACAUUUGGUUGAAGUGCUUUGAUUAUCCCAAAAGUCUCAACAGGAAUAAAGAGAUCGACUUAAAGGUGAAAUUUCAUAUGCAAGGAAAUUAUCUGGCCUCUAAGCGCCGGGCUCCUUCCAAAUCCCCCAACUUCACAGCCGAUUCGAAGGUGUUGCUGGAGAUUUUUGUUGCUCCUAGUCUUCUCUCAAGUCUUCAGUCUUCAAUCUUCACAAUUUUCUCAUCCGCUGCAUUUGCUCCAUAGCGCCCGGCUCCUUCCAAAUCCCCCAACUUCACAGCCGAUUCGAAGGUGUUGCUGGAGAUUUUUGUCGGUUGCGUGGGCAGCUUCAUUUGCGGCAGGGGCCGCAACGGCGGCAGUUUCAUUGUGGAGAGGCGGGGCGGAAGGGAGGGAAGUCUUCACUCCAUUCUUCACAAAAGAUCUGAACUUGAAAUCAGCGAGAGAUCAGAUGUCGUACGACGACGUAGAGAUUGAGGACAUGGAAUGGAACGAGAAGCUCCAGGCCUUCACGUAUCCCUGCCCCUGCGGAGACCUCUUCCAGAUCACCAAGAAAGAACUCCGUUUGGGCGAAGAAAUCGCUCGGUGCCCUAGCUGUUCUCUUUACAUCACUGUCAUCUAUAAUACGGAAGAUUUCGCCGAUUCCAAUCGCAAGAAUAAGAAUAUCGAACCUCCCAAGCGACAGCCGGUUGCCGUCACUUGAAAAUCUCCCGGAGAGCGAAAUUUGAUUCCUUUUCUUUUUUUCCCUAAGAUUUUUGUCAUUUUCCUAUUGGCUCAAUUGUCGUUAAGGUAUAUUUGUUGGGCGGCAAUGAUAAUUUCGUUAGAGUUGUAUUUUUUUUUCCCGUGAAAUGGAGGAAAUAGGGAGGCCAUAUAUGUAGCUUGAUGGUGAGAAUUGGUUUUAUUGUUUGUUGAGUGUAUUUAUACGGAUAUCAGUUGAAAUAGAAUUAUUUUC